AUGGCCAAAGGUCUUCGUUCAGCAUCCAAACUCAAAGCGCGCAAUCAAAAGCGUACCAACCCUAAAUCAGAUUAUGCUGUCAACGAAGCAGCUCGUGUCAAUGCUCUUAAUGCUCGUCUGGUAGCUGGGUUGAAGAAAGAUAAACUUCUUGUCGAAAGCAGCAAUGAUGAAGAGGAUGCAGAAGAAAUGAAAGAUGUCGCUGAAGUGGGAGGGGAGAAGAACGAGGAAGGAGAGCAGCCAAAGAAGAUUUCUACAUCAGGGGCGAGAGACUCGAGAAGAGAGACGUAUAGGAAGAGCAAGGGGUUGAAGCCGUUUAAGAACAAAGGUGGCAAUAGUUUGUUUGAUGCUCAUAAGAGUAAGAAUGGUGGUAAGCCUAAGAGGAGGCGAUGA